UCUGGUGCUGGGCUCCCGACCUUCCGCUCUAAGAUUGGCCAUUCAGCGCUUCUGAUUCCGCCUUCUGUUCAACAUCCUCCUGGUGUUUAAAAAGGCCUGGAGAGUUCCACGACUGAGAGAAAGCGAGGUCAGUUUCCCGUGGGUUCUGGAACUUAUCCUUUGGGAGGCCCUGCAGUCCGUUAGAGUUUUGUCAAGAUCCAUGACCGCUUACUCUCAUUCCUGUACUUCCAGGGCAUUACGGGGAGUGCUUGGAACACUUGCGUAAACAAAGUAUCCCCAGGGAGACAGAGGUGUGGGGUCAGAGGAAAUCAAAUAUCCUUAGAGACCACCAGUCCUGCCUUCACAGGAACAAAUCUUAUCGAGAGAGAAGGAAGUGACAGCUCUGCAGGCAACACAGAACCAUUAGCAAGACCAAAGACCAGAGGGCUGGAGUUGGAGAGGGAACCGACCUUGGAGUUCCUUUGGGGACUUCGCAGUAUUUAACCCUUUUAAUUGCAGGGAUCAUUGUCUGAUAGAGGGUCAGUUAACUGCAUUCAAGAUGUGGGGAAAAUGAAGUUAUGUAAAGUGCCUUGGGAGAGAGCAUCGCAUUACCUACCUAGCAUCUAGGGUGAGCAACUGUCUAUGUCCUUACUGUGGAUCAGUGUUUAAAAUACCACAUCAAAAAGGAGUGGUCAGGUGAGAAAGGACCGAAAGCCACACUAUUCUACCAUAGCAAGGUCCUGAGUGGCGAAUUGAGUUCUUUGUGAUCUUCGGGACUCCUUUCUUCUCCCUUAGCUUUCUCAUUUAUGUAUUCCACCAUUGCCUUUGAGAAGGUGGUCACUGAAGCCCCAGGGCCUUCCUUGCCUGAGCCAGAGCUGUGCCAUGGCAGAAACUGGGGAAGAGGAGAUGAUGUCAACAGAAGCCUCAGGGUUUUCAGACAUGAGUGACUCAGAGCUCCUAGAGAUUGUGGACCUGGAAGAUGCCAAAGAGUCAAGUGCUUCACUUAGCAAGCCUGGCCCUUCUGAAUUUUCUGGGACGGAUGACAAGCCUAUAAGCUUACAAAACUGUAAAAGAAGAUUGGAUAUCAUGUCACCCAUGGAAAGAUUUCACCUAAAAUAUUUAUAUGUAACUGACCUGUCUACUCAGAACUGGUGUGAAUUGCAAAUGGUAUAUGGGAAGGAGCUUCCUGGAUUUUUGACACCUGAAAAGGCAGAUGUUUUAGACACUGGUGCCAGCAUCCAUCUAGCUAGAGAACUAGAACUUCAUGAUCUUGUGACUGUCCCUAUCACUACUAAAGAGGAUACUUGGGCAAUUAAGUUUUUGAAUAUACUGACAAUGAUUCCGACCCUACAGUCAGAAGGGUGCAUUAGGGAAUUUCCAGUGUUUGGGGAAGUGGAGGGUGUGUUUCUUGUUGGUGUGAUUGAUGAGUUGCAAUACACAGCCAAAGGAGAACUAGAACUGACUGAACUCAAAACACGUAAGCGCCCUUUGCUCCCUCUGGAUGCUCAGAAGAAAAAGGACUAUUUUCAAGUAAGCCUGUACAAAUAUAUCUUUGAUGCCAUGGUGCAAGGGAAUGUGACCCCUGCCAGCCUAAUUCAUCACACAAAAUUAUGUCCAGACAAGCCACUGGGGCCUUCUGUACUGAGGCAUGCCGAGCAGGGAGGUUUUGCUGUGAAGUCUUUGGGUGACCUCAUAGAGCUGGUCUUUUUGUCUCUCACUGUGUCUGACCUCCCAGUAAUUGAUAGCCUAAAGAUUGAAUAUGUCCACCAAGAGACUGCCACUGUGCUAGGUACAGAGAUUGUAGCCUUUGAAGAGAAGGAGGUGAGAGGCAAGGUACAACAUUAUAUUGCCUAUUGGACAGGCCACCGAGAGCCUCAAGGGGUUGACAUAGAAGAGGCUUGGAAGUGUCGGGGGUGCAACUACACAGACAUCUGUGAGUGGAAGAAGGGUGGAGGAGUGCUCAGUUCCACACUGGAGCCACGAGCCAAAAAGGCCAAAUAAACAGAAGUUAUGUUUUCAGGAAUUUUUAUCUUUCCUGCUCCUAUUGUACUUGAGAAAAAAAAAAGGACCAAUCUCUGAGUUUUCUUUUAUGAAUAUUGUUCUUAGUUUUUAGAAUUCAAGGCUCAGAGAUGAAUGGGAGAGAUCAAGGAGUUAUCGUGUCCCUAGAGCUUGACAGGGACUAUCAAGAAGAUAAGUGCCCACCAUAGCUGAAGCAGAGGUAUACUUCAGCUAAUGUUUUCCUAAGAAAAUUCUUACAAUUCUGAUGAAUGUUUUGUUUUUCAUAAUCAAGACUUUCUAUAUUUUAUAUAAUAAAGUGAAAUGCUGUCCAGGACAGCUGAACUGAUGUUUCUUCAUUUGGCUUUUCAUGAUCUUAAUCUUUCCAAAGUGACUACUAUUGUUAUGGCUUAUUUGUAAAAUGGUGACUCAAUCAUGGGUGUAUGAUACUAGAUUAGUUCACUGAUUGGUUUAUGGCUGGGUGUGAUGUUGGGAGGUAUAGAACAGGAAAUAUGAGCAAGAAUAAACUUUCUAGUACUUUUGUAAGAGUAAAAACCUAGGAACUACCCAGGGUGGCCACUGUUAGACAAAUGGAUGGUAUGGUAAAAACAAAUGAAGUACACUGACAUGCAACAAUAUGCCUGGAUUUUAACAACAUAUUGAAGUCCCAAAAGAUUUAUAUAGCAUAUAUCUUUCUAUAAACUAAAAACUUCUAAGGAAAAUUGGACAGUGGGGAGAAAUCUCAGUGCAUCCCAGAAAGCAGUGGAGCCCUUUGCUACAAAGAUCACCAAUGAAGCCAGAGGUAAAAAUGAUAUAUGUAACCCUCGCUUGUAAGGUAAGGACUUGUUUAUGGAGACAUUACUGGAGAAUUUGGAGAAGCAUGUGGAUAUAGGAGGAUAUUGCUAGGGGUUAAGAGCCAGCAGAAAAUGGUAAAUAUUUUUAAUGCAAUCUUAUGUAGUACAUGAGCUCUUGAAAUUCAGAUAUAUAUAGAAGAUACCAUAGGUUGUCACUGGAGGCCCUUGUAAGCUUCAUGUACUCUCAUGGAGACUGAAGCUUGUAAUAAUUCUUAUUUGAUGAGUGGCUCAUGUGCUAUGAUCUGUUCUGAAUGCUUCAUAUGA